AUGGCUGAAGAGUACGCAGACCUGAAGCAGAUGUUGCAGCAGCAGCUGAAGCUGAUGGAUGCACUCACCGUUAAGCUGUCCAACUCGGCCAUGGGUCAAGCACGCGCGGCUGGUGGUUCGCAAUCUGUUGAUCACAUUGCCGGCAGUAUCAUCGAAUUCUUGUAUGACCCGCAGGCCCAUAUCACCUUUGAUUCAUGGUACAACCGAUACGAACACAUGUUCUCUGUCGAUCUGGCUGCAGAGGACGAUGCAUGGAAGGUCCGACUUCUACUUCGCAAACUGGGUCCGGUUGAACAGGAGAGUUAUGCCAACUUCAUCCUCCACAAGAAUCCCCGAGAAUUCACUUUCAAGGACACGGUUCAGACGUUGUCGCAGAUUUUCGGUGAGCAAUCAUCCCUUUUCAACUCUCGAUUUCAGUGCCUGCAACUGUGCAAACGAGAUUCCGAUGACUUCAUCACUUAUGCGGGCAUUAUUAAUCGUGAGUGUGGGCGUUUCCAAUUCGGUUCUCUCACUGAAGACCAGUUUAAAUGCCUUUAUUUAUCUGCGGCCUCCAGUCCCCCAAGGAUGGUGAUAUCCGGACACGUCUCUUGUCCAAAGUGCAGCAGAACAACUCUACCACACUGCAAGCGUUGGCAGCAGAGUGCCAAACGCUGAUCAACCUCAAGAACGACUCUGCAAUGAUUCAGAAUUCUGCCUAAUCUUUCUCAGUCCAUAUGGUCACAUCGACCAAAUCGCAUCCUGUUACACGGUCCAAGCAAGUGUCCAAGCCGAGAUCUCCGCCAUCUCCUUGUCGGCACUGUGGCACGUGGCAUUUCGACCGGGAUUGCACUUUCCGCCAGCAUCGCCGCCAAAGCUGUAAUCAGGUGGGACACCGUGACGGGUUCUGCAAAUCAGUACCAGUUUCUGGAGGCAAGCCAGCCCCCGUCACUCCUAAUUCCAGGCACCGUUUCCGGCCAAAACGCAAGCCCAAACCUCAGUCCGUUGGUAAUUCUAUCAGUCUCUUGGCUGCUUUCCAGCUCAAUGCGUCUGGUCGUAGAAAAAUUGUUGAUGUCUUUCUUAAUGGCCAUGCAGUCCGUCUACAGCUGGACACUGCCUCAGAUAUCACUAUCAUCUCUGAGAGACUCUGGCACUCCCUUGGCAGCCCAACGAUGCAGCAGACUUCCCAGUCCGCCACAAGCGCGUGCGGUGGUCUCGUACAGCUAAUUGGGCAACUGCAAUGCUGUGUGUCGUUCCGCGGUACCAGCAUCGCUGCGAUCUGCUACAUCACCAUGUCUGAUCUAAACCUACUUGGUCUCGACUGGAUUGAACAACUUGGGUUGGCCGAUAUGCCGCUCCGCAUUGUUUUCAGUCAGGUGCAGAUUCCCGCUGUGCUUGCAGACCAAGCCAAGGACAUUCUCCAACGGUUUGCUCCAGCGUUCCAAGACGGUCUGGGUCGUUGCACAUACACACAAGCCGUGUUACAUCUGUCUCCUGGAAGUCAACCAGUCUUCCGUCCAAAGCGGCCAGUCCCAUAUGCAGCCCUACCACUUGUCGAGGCUGAACUGAAGCAUCUAGAGGAAUUGGGAGUUCUGGUUCCUGUAUCCUACUCCGCCUGGGCCGCUCCAAUCGUUGUGGUUAAGAAGCCCAAUGGCUCGAUUCGCAUUUGUGCUGACUUCUCCACCGGUCUCAAUGCCGCACUGACGCCGCACUGCUAUCCACUACCGGUUCCGACUGAUCUUUUCACCCUGUUGAAUUGUGGCACUUGCUUUACCAAGUUGGAUCUCGCUGAUGCGUAUCUGCAGAUCGAGGUCGCCCCAGAGUCGCGCGACUUGUUGACCAUCAACACCCACCGCGGUCUGUUCCAAUACACCAGGCCGCCCCGGCCCUAUUUCAACAAACGAUGAACGCAAUGCUCUCCGGCAUCCCUGGCACAGCUGGGUACCUGGACGACAUCAUCAUCGUGGGUCGCUCCCCUGCCGAGCUGCAAGACCGAGUGUGCGCAGUACUCGAACGCGUGUAGGAAUAUGGCUUCCGCCUACGGGCCGACAAGUGCCAAUUCUUCCUCGACUCCAUCAAGUACCUUGGAUUCGUUUUGACGUCAAUGGUCGCCAUCCAGAUCCUGAAAACAUUCGGGCCAUCCAAAGGAUGCCUGCCCCCAAGAAUGUAUCGCAACUUCGUUCGUUCCUUGGCCUGAUCAGCUACUAUAGCGCCUUCCUACCAUCGCUGCAUGACGUACGGGCCCCGCUCAACCGUCUGUUGCAGAAGGAUGCUCCUUGGUGCUUGUCCCCCGACUGUGAAAAGGCCUUCGCUCAGCUAAAGUCGAUGCAGAGUUCAGAUCUGCUGCUUACGCACUACGACCCGACGCUGCCGAUCGUUGUUGCUGCAGAUGCUUCCAACCACGGAGUUGGUGCCGUCAUCUCACAUACUUUUCCUGAUGGGUCUGAAAAGGCGAUCAUGCAUGCAUCUUGCACGCUAACCCCCUGCGGAGAACUACGGACAAAUAGAGAAAGAGGCUCUAGCCCUCGUGUUUGCCGUCAAGAAAUUUCACAAACUGUUGUACGGUCGCCAUUUCACGUUGUUGACGGAUCACAAACCAUUGCUGUCAAUCUUCGGUUCGAAGAAGGGCAUUCCCGUCUACUCAGCCAGCCGACUUCAGCGAUGGGCAACCAUCCUUCUUGGCUACGAUUUCGACAUUCGCUACUGUCGUACUACAGACUUUGGUCAGGCUGACGCCCUUUCUCGCCUCAUCAGCAAUCAGCAGGAACCGGAGGAAGAUACCGUGAUUGCAGUUAUUUCGAUUGAGGACGAUGUGCGCCGUCAGCUAUCAGACGCCAUACGAGGUAUCCCUGUCACUGCCGCGGACAUCCGACAUGCUACUGAACAGGAUCCUGUUCUCCGUCAGGCCAUCACCUACGUGCAGACCUGCUGGCCAACCACUGCUCUCGCUGGCGAUCUUCGCCAGCUCCUCCUCCACCGAGCAUCGCUAUCUGUGGUUGACUCCUGCCUCAUGUUUGCAGACCGUGUGGUGAUCCCAUCUUCCCUCCGACCCACUGUACUACGCCAGUUCCAUGCGGCUCAUCCUGGUACCAGCCGAAUGAAGUCUAUUGCUCGCACUUUUGCCUACUGGCCGGGUAUCGACGACGACAUCGACAACCUGGUUCGACGCUGUUCUCGAUGUCAGCAAGUUGCCAAGAUGCCGCCUCGUUAA